CAGAGGUCGAAGGCAGACACUCCAGCGAGCUUCUUUGGCCUGUGAGUCUCCAGGCUGUCCUCGAGACCCCAGCUGAUGGGCCCGUGGAAUUUCAUGCCGUGUCCAUGGAAGCAGAUGGUGAGGGCGUUGUGGAUCACCACAUGUCGCUGACGCGUGGACAGCUUAGCCUACUCCUGGAUGUCCUGGCCGAAAACAUUUGCUAUGCUGGGCGUUCUGGCUCUGUGGCUGGAGGCGUGGUGCCGGUGCAACGACAGGUAUCGCAAGGUGGCAACACCAAGAACAAGAUCCGUGGCUUUCGCUUUUCCUGGAGGUGGCCUGGCGAGCUGAAGUGGGACAUUGCCUUCACACAGGCAGCUCCAUUGGCAUGUUUGAAGCUUCGCGGUGGCAUGUUGGGCUUCAGCAGCUUACCCGGAGGGUCCAACUACCAGUUGAACUGCCAGUCACUGAUAGCCAUUGACACCCGUGGGCGCUCGCGGAACUUGGUGAAAACCUUGUUGGAGUCUGCGGGCUCAACUGAUGACCUGGGUUUCACCGUGGAGGUCAAUGUGCCCAUGGACAGGGACACCUUGGCUGUCAUCCAGCUGCAGAAACCCACCAUGCACGUCCUUCCCCAGCUGGUGAUGGACUUGGUGACCGUUGGCCUGUCAUCCUGGCAGCACUGCACCUUUCGGAAUGAUCGCGUGAUGUUGGCCCCACAGGCACCAGCUACCCGCGAGAAUGAGCAGAAGGUCGUGGACAAACGUGGCACUCGGGUGCAGGUCAAUUUCUUGGACGGAUGCUUCCGCAUCGCUGAGAAGUGGUCUGAGCCCACUGAGCACUUCGAGUUCGCUGGCAGCGUGAUGAUCCACAUCAUGGUUCAUGCAGAGGGCAUCCGCAUCGAGCGCUUUGACCUGGAAAGUGGGGCCUUGCGGCUCUUUUCCUCCAGGCGGAAUCCGACUACACUGUGUCCUUGCUUAGAAUGGCUGGUGCGUGGAGACCAGAAACGCAUAGAUGAUGGAGCUCGCAUGAAGCGUCACACUACCUAUGAGUUCCGCUCUGUGAUCGUCCCGCCAUAUUCCAUUCGCAUGUCCGCCAGAGACCAUCGAGCCAUGGCCAACGCCUUCCUGGAGCUCUUCGGCAUGGAUGCGGAGUCGUCAGAGCCUGCCUCUGAAACCCGAAGCCGAGACCCACUGGCUCUGCAAUUGGUGGAGAACAGAAUGACCUUGAUCGCUGAAGUUGCGCUUCAGGGUGCCGAGGUGCAAGUGAUGGGGGAAGAAGGAGGAAACGAAUGGCCCGGUCUCUGUGGCAAUGCAAGGUGCCAACUACUGCAAGUCAUGGUUGACAGUCGUCAAGGCUCUGCCCCCACCAUCAAUAUUUUUGGCCGAGAGUUGGAAGUGGACAUCAGUUCAAGAAACCACAGGCUUGGAGUGUGGGAGCCAGUGCUGUCACGGUGCGGCCUCCGCUUUUCGUACCACAUGCAGCGGAAGCCUGAUGGUGGCCCACGUGAUGUUUUCGUGCGAGGAGAUGUCUCUGCCAUCAAACCAGUUCAGCUCGUUGUCAGUGCUCCAUUUGUGCACCUUGCCAGCCGCGUUUUCAAUGACAGCUCCGAGAAGACGCGCUACGGGCACUUGCUCGCAGGCAUCAACAUUUCAGGCAUCGCCUGUCACGUCAGCGUGGAAGACUCCGCGGAGGGGCUGGUGCUACCGUCAUCGGCCAAGGCAGAGUCCCUCGACAGCUUGCUGAAAGGACGAGGUCGAGCCUCAACCGGCUCUGUGCCCUGCUUGGUGCUUCGGCUUCUUGAUUGUCCGGAUGCAGAACCCUGCCGAAUCCCAUAUGGCCGCGAGGCUGACGUGACAUGGGAUACGAAGAAAGAAGGCUUCUUGAUGUGCCGUUUGGUGAUGCCGAGACCGCCCCAGUUGGUACUGGUCAUCACUUCAACGGUGUGUGUCUGGAAUCGAACACCUGCAGACCUGGAGAUCCGCUUCUUAGCCACGCUCUCAGAGAAGCCCUGCGGACAAAAGGCACCUAAGCUCUUGGUGCAACGGAUUCUUCCAGGCCGGGAGUACUCUGCACUGGACGAAGUGGCGAACCGUGGCGAAGACUUGGAGCCAGUGAAGACGUCGACCUCGGCACAGCUAAGUGGUUUUGCCCAAGAUGGGGUGACAAAACUUAGGUUAAGCGAGGGCGUCUCCGGGGAGACUCGGGUCGAAGCUUCAACCCUGGACGAUGCCUGGGCUGGACAGCUUGGAGGAGAUGAAGUUUCUGCAGGGACCUUGCUGCUGGGUCUGGGGCCUCGGUGGGGGAAACCACUUUUCCCGGCGCCUGCAGUUGUGGAUGGACAGUUUGCAGCAAGUUUUGGAGAGAUUUUGGAGAUUGUGGAAAUCAACUUCUCGGAAAGCUUCCAGCAAGUUUUCGUGCCUCCAAACUUGGGGCCAAGGCACAUCGAAAGAGUGCAGGCCAGCUGCUGUCUGCCCCCACUGGGGCACAGCUCCGAAUGGGCCAGGUCUGAGUCCUUCUUUGCAGUUCCAGCCCGGGGAGCCCAGCCUGCGGCCAUAGACAUGGCGCUGUGGUGCGGUGCUGACUGCCUCAGGCCUCCAGAGAUGCAGGAUUUGCCCAAGAACUGGCUAUACCUGCGCACCAGUUGCGGUGGUGACCCUCAGCAAGGUUGGAGCAACGUAGAGGUGCACGCACCCUUCACUGUGGUCAAUGCAUGCCCAUGCGACAUCUUGUGCCAGUUCAAUCCGCCAGGCGUGCAAAGAAGGAAGCUGGGCAAGGAGCGGGAAAGACUACCGGUGGAGCCAGGGGCCAGCAUCGACAUGGUGGUUGACAAUGGCUUCGGGGACGAGGUGGCGGUGCCAACGAAUGGCCAAGCGGAAGUGAUGCCCAUCCGAUUGGAUGAAGAAGGCUUCUUCAGGUGGGUGUGCAACGGCAGGGCGGGUCGAACCAAGCCGCGAUGGACCAGUCUCAACUCGGUGAUUGUGGUUCUGAAUCGGCAACGAGCGGAAGUGGAGUGGCACUGUGUCCAAGCCAGCAUGAGUUCCAACAACCAUGGUACGCCACAACUACGAAUUGCGCCCCAGUCGAUGCUUCCUUCAUUCGAGUUUGUGGCGGAGGAUCUCACAGUGUCCUUCGCGGUACGUGAUCUGCAAGGGCAUGCGAGUUCAUGGUCACUCCCCCUGAGAGCAGUGCUGCCAACGGGUGCAAGGACAGAACCAGUGCAGCUGGAAUUCAAGGGGAUGUUCAUCAACUUGAAUGCCAUGCGAAGUGGGAGAGAACUGGUGGUCUACACUCGCUGGUGGUUUGUGAACUCAACAGGUUUGGAUGUACGACUCUUGCAGCCCGGUGGACCUGGACCUAUGCACCCAGUGGCCUCCUUCAACAGCAAGGUGUCGAUUCUGCCAGAGAUCCAAAACGGCGCUGGCGAUGGAGUGGCCUUUGUGGGGCUGCGCUCCCAUGCCCCCGUGGAGGUCAUGGUUCCUGAUGUUGGGGGCUCUGUUGCGGUCGGCUUAACGCCACUUCACCCUUGCUGCCUCCGAACUGAGACUGUUGCGCUACCAGAGGCCAUCCGCGGUGUGCCGAGCUGUUUGGUGAGUUUGGUGCCGGCCAUGAUGUUGUUCAAUCGCACCGACCAUGCAGAGGCCACCUGCCACUUGGGUGACAUCCAUGCCGCAGUACGGGCGGAUGAUCCCGCAAAGCUUCAGGAAGCCCUAGAUGCGGGGGAAGACAUCAAUAUGAUUGGUCCUGGUGGGCAAACACCACUUAUGCAUGGGGUGCUGACAGGCAAUCCGGUGUGCGUGAAAUACCUCUUAGGUGCCAAGGCGGAUACAUCAAUCCCUGAGAAGGAUGGAUACACGCCGAUGCACGGAGCUGGCUUUCAGGGCAGAGCUGAAAUUGCGAAAAUGCUGAUUGCCUAUCGUCUGAAUCCGAGUGAUAAGCACAAGGAUGGCUUCACGCCACUCCACCGAGCGUGCUGGGGCAGCGAGCAGCGGCACGCCGACGCUGUGCGGGCCUUGCUGAGAGCGGGUGUGCCGUACGACCAACCUGCCGACAAUGGGCAGCGUUGUUUGGACAUGACCUCCAACGAGGCGACCAAGAAGUUGCUGGAGAAGCGUGCUGCCUUGGAGAAGCGUGCCUUGGAGAAGAUGGAGAAGCGUGCCGCCAAGGCGGCCAAGACUCAGGAGCUCUGA